GACACAAUGUUUUUUGCAAGCGUAGCUGUACUAAUUGCUGAACCACGACGAAGGCGAGUGCUAUUUCUGUAAAUUUUGGAAAUAGGCAGAGCGUGGAGUUGAUCAUGUGUUUGAAACCAAAUGUUUUCUUAGUUCAUCAUGGAUGGUGGCUUGAACUGGCAGGCUUUGGCAGACAGUCUUGAGCCUGAUUUAAAGGGCAAUGUAAAGCAGCUCGAAAAAGGAAAAUCAUUGUUUUUUAAGGAUAGACACAAAGAAAAAAAAUCAAAAAAAAAUGAUGAGCCUUUGAAACAAUGGAGAAUUAAAGAAAGGAAAAAAACGGUCAAUGUAGCGCUAGUGGUGUGUCUGAACAUAGGAGUGGACCCGCCAGACGUCAUCAAAGUGGCCCCGUGUGCGAGAUUGGAAUGUUGGAUUGACCCGCAGUCUAUGUCGCCGCAAAAGGCAGCGGAUUCGAUAGGAAAAUCGCUUCAGCAGCAAUAUGAAAGGUGGCAACCGCGAGCCUUGUACAAGCUUUGCUUCGACCCGACAGUUGAAGUGGUAAAAAAAUUGUGUAUGACGAUGCGUCGAAACACCAGAGACGAGAGGAUUUUGUUUCAUUACAACGGCCAUGGCGUCCCGAAGCCGACGGACAACGGUGAGAUAUGGGUGUUUAACAAGGACUUUACUCAGUAUAUUCCGCUGUCUCUGUACGAUCUGCAGCAAUGGCUCGGGAGUUCGACCAUAUGCGUGUUCGAAUGCAGCAGUGCUGGCACGGCUGUGAAAUGGUUUGAAAAGUUUUUAGAACAGCGACAGCAAGAGCGAGAGCGAAUAGGCAGACAGGAGAAAGGAGCGAAUUUAGGUCAGGUUCAAGAAGACCAUAUCUUGUUGGCGGCAUGCGGGGUGAACGAGACGCUGCCGAUAAAUGCGGCAUUGCCCGCCGACAUGUUCACGUCGUGCCUGACGACACCGAUCAAAAUGGCGCUGAGGUGGGCGCUUAUGAAUACGAUCUUGUUAGACAUAUCUCCGGCGCUGAUAGAUCAAAUACCGGGAAAGUUGAAUGACCGAAGGACACCUUUGGGUGAGUUGAACUGGAUAUUCACCGCGGUCACCGAUACGAUAGCAUGGACUGUCUUGCCGAAGCACUUGUUUCAGAAGCUGUUUAGACAGGAUCUGCUGGUAGCCUGCCUGUUUCGCAACUUUUUGUUAGCAGAACGGAUUAUGCCCCCUUGCAGAUGCACCCCGAUUUCGGUGCCGAAGUUGCCGCCGACCUACAACCAUUCGAUGUGGCUGGCGUGGGAUUUGGCCGUGGACAGUUGUUUGUCUAAAUUGUCUAAACAUAAUGCUGGCUAUCAGAACGGUGUGAAUAAUGAUUUUAAACACUACAGCUUUUUUUCUGACCAGCUCACAGCAUUCGAAGUAUGGAUGAAGUUCGGAUCGCAGGAUCGGGGAUCUCCGGAGCAGUUGCCGAUUGUCUUGCAGGUAUUGUUGUCUCAACAACAUCGACUGAGAGCGCUUAAGCUGCUGGGGCAGUUUUUGGAUUUGGGCUCGUGGGCCGUCAACCAAGGGCUGUGUGUAGGUAUUUUUCCCUAUGUAUUGAAAUUGCUGAAGUCUCCAGCCCCGGAAUUGGUGGAGACGCUGGUUUUUAUUUGGGCUAAAAUUUUGGCAGUGGACAAAACGUGUCAGGUAGAUUUGGCUAAAGAGGACGGUCAUAUUUAUUUUUUGAAAGUGCUGGAAAAUCCAAAAUCCCCCCCUGCACAACGCGUUCAGUCUGAAUUCAUAUUGUCGGUGAUUUGCAAUCAAAAUCGGCUGGGCCAGAGUUUAUGUUUGAAUAGCAACUUGAUGCAGCUAUGUUUGAAUCAGCUUUCCCACGAAGACCCGGAGGUGCGAAAGUGGGCCGUGUUUUGUUUGUCGAAGUUUUGGGAGAGCUACGACGACGCACAAGAAAUGGUCACCAAAGAAUCGGCGUGCGAAAAGCUCUCGUUGCUACUGACGGAUCCAAUUCCAGAAGUCCGAGCUGCCAUAGUCUAUGCAUUCGGAACUUUUUUAAAGAGAGAGAAGGAGGGGUCCAAUAUUAAGACUUUACCAAACAAUUUCGGUAUUUUGUUGCUGAGGUUGGCGCUAAAUAUGUCUGUGGCGAUAGUUGACGCGAGUCCACUUGUAAGGGCGGAGCUCACCAUUGCCUUGGCGCGCUUUGUAGAUAUUUGCGCGGAGCCUUUUCUGGAGCUACUGAACCAAUUCAAGGUAAUUUCUCUUCAAAGACUGGAAUUGAAGGAGAGAGAUCUGUGCGGCAGUUCCGGUUCGACAACCCCGCUACCAACGGGCACGUGGGAGAACAUGAGGAGUGCGCAUGAGUACAACCUCGGCAAGAGAGUCGACGAGGGCGAGACGAAUGCACACCAGCUGACUCCAUCUAAAAAGCGGGUUGGAUCAUCCGUCUCCAAGGAUGGUGAACUGGAUCAGAGGCAGGUGGUGGACCCUGGAUUGCCUCUUCCCCAAGAGCCCAGGCAAUUCGAAGGGAUGGCAAACAGGGAAUCGUACACUAAGAAGGUCGAUGCAGAGCUAACUGGCUUGUUGGACUAUCGUUCCGGAAUCUACGAGUUCAUAUGGAAGGUGAUACGAUCACUGGCGAUAGAUCCAUGCUCAGAGGUUUCGAAAGUAGCACAGCACUUGGUUGACUCGAUUCAACAAGCAGCGAAACAGUACAAAAACCUGGGUAACCACUUGCACCAGGAAUACCUCGAAAAAAGUACUGCGUACAACGGUAGUACUGAAGAUAAGAGAGCUAGUUGGACCGCAUCAUCUGUUAAGUCCUACGACGAGACAGGGGACAGACAACGAGCCGACUCGACUCGCCGAAACUCAUCUGGCGGCGAAUCAUCAAGGGGAGACACAAAGCCGCCUGAUCAGUCGCCUGACCAAGAAACGAUUUUACCGACAGUCUUACAGAAUCGCCAUCAAUCUGGUGCACCAUCUGUGGACCAAUCAGAUCCAACCAGCUCUAACGCUACUACCAACAUUUCGAACGUCCCCGUAUUCAAUACUACCGCCUCUGCUCAUAAGUCUACUUCGAACCAGCCCAAGAAUUCCGCGAACGUACCAUGCAGCGCCAGUCAAAAGAACACCAACCCGAACUCUAAAAUCUCUACAUUGACGUCGUUCUUGUCUAAGACCCUAAGCACGCAUUUGAUAACGACACCUCAGACUUCUCCGCCGACUCAUACAUCUCUUCCGUGUACAUCAAGUAGACUUGCAGCUGCUAACCAGCCGAAUUCGGCGCCAUCUCCAGCCAACGUGAACUUAUUUGAACCUGAGACUGGUCCCUCGGAAGAUCCCGGCAACUCGGACAAUUUUUCGUCUAUUCAGGCUCAGCUGCAUGCCAGUUUGUCCGAAGACCCGCUGAUCUAUUCGACACUAUACGACGAAGCGUGUACUUAUUUCUCCUAUCCCCUUAUGCGCUCGCAAGAAGACGAUGAAAUGUCGCCUGACGUGUCCGAACGUUGGUGGAAACGGCAGUGCAACGAAUACUUGAUGAACGAAGUCGAAGAGUGGAUCAGUUCCCAGGCGGCCGUGUUGAACACCAAAAAACUGGAAACGGAGGUUACCAUCCUGGAAAACGAAUCGGCUAUACGAACGCUUGCCUUCAACUCGUUCGAACCCAUUAUUUGCGUUGCAGACGACACGGCUAAUGUAGUUUUAUGGAACUGGGUGCAGGGAAACAAGAUGGCGGUCAUCAACAAUCAUAAAAACCAAGCAAAAAUCACUUCGCUAAACUUUCUGAAUGAACAAGAGGUUCCACUUAUAGCUGUAGGUUCAGAUGACGGCGUUGUUCGAAUCUGGGACAACAUUUACUCCAACAGCCGCCUGGUGACGGCCUGGCGCGUUUUAAUGAAUGCAUCCCCGGUUUCCACAUCAUCUCCCAUAUCGCUAGUGCUUGAGUGGCAGCAACAAAAUGAACGGCUACUGGCGUCUGGAAAUACCAACUUAAUUCGCGUUUGGGAUCUUGAUCAUGAGCUAAGUAUUCAGGACGUUCCCACUAAUAGCGAGUUUCCAUUGACUUGCAUGACAAGCGACAAAAAUACGUCUAAAGGAACGACGGUUAUGACCGGAUUCGAAGAUGGCUCGAUAAGGUUCUUCGAUUUACGACAACCUACCUACUCUGCGCCAAUCGCUGUCUAUAGUGAGCAUCAAAGCCGAAUCAUAAACAUCUCUGCUCCAAAAUCUACCAACGGGAUCGUUAUUUCUGGCUCAAGCAACGGUAUAAUCAAGUUUUGGGACCAAAGUGGAGCAUCCGAGACCAGCCAACGAACCAUCUCCAGUUUCUCAUCCUCUUCAACAAUGGUCGCUUUUUCCGUUUAUGAGCAGGCAUCUAUAAUGGCUGUAGGCGUACAUGAUCAACGAGUUAAAAUUAUGAAUUUUAUAGGGAACGAGCUGUCCGUUAUCAAAUACCACGAUGGGUUUUUGAGACAGAGGAUAGGACCCAUCACGUCUAUGACGUUUCAUCCUUAUAGCGCAUUGUUAGCGGUUGGAGCCAGCGAUUCAUUGGUAUCGAUAUAUGCAGGUGAACAUAUUAAAGUUAACCCAGCUCAGUGACGAGGUAUUUUUGUCUAGCAUAAUCUGCCACCAGCAAACGUUAUAAACAUCUCUGUAUUCGUUGUUUGAAAGAGCAUGUAAAUGCUCUAAAUGUUCAUGAAAUAAUUCUAUAAUCAA